UGUAAGAAAAUUGCAUGUGAGUUUAUAAAAUUACACGCAGAAUAAUAGAAAAUUGAAAAAUACCACUUUUUGCAUUUUGUACUGAUUUGAGUUGUGUUAGAAAACUGCAGAUUUCUAACAUAAGCAUCUCUAUAAGUAUUAAUAAUGGUGACAAAUUUUAUAUAUUUAAUGUAUUAAUUUUGUGUGACUAAUUAUAGGAACGACUUCCUAUUGAGGAAGUGUUUGAGGUGCUGAAAUCAACAAGAGAAGGUUUGAGCAGUGAUGAUGCAGAGAGGAGGGUCUCAAUAUUUGGGCCAAACAAGUUGGAAGAGAAGAAAGAAAGUAAAUUGCUUAAGUUCUUGGGAUUUAUGUGGAAUCCUCUCUCAUGGGUUAUGGAAUCUGCUGCUAUCAUGGCCAUUGUUUUAGCUAAUGGAGGGGGCAAACCACCAGAUUGGCAAGACUUUGUUGGUAUAGUUGUUUUGCUUAUCAUCAACUCAACAAUUAGUUUCAUUGAAGAAAACAAUGCAGGCAAUGCUGCAGCUGCGCUCAUGGCUGGUCUAGCCCCCAAGACAAAGGUUUUAAGAGAUGGAAGGUGGAGUGAGCAAGAUGCUGCAAUAUUGGUGCCAGGAGAUGUUAUCAGUAUCAAGUUGGGAGACAUUGUCCCUGCUGAUGGUCGUCUCUUACAAGGCGAUCCCUUAAAGAUUGAUCAGUCUGCGCUCACGGGCGAGUCUCUCCCUGUUACCAAGCAUCCCGGCAGCCAGGUCUACUCUGGCUCCACCUGCAAGCAGGGUGAGAUUGAAGCAAUUGUUAUCGCUACAGGUGUGCGAACAUUCUUUGGGAAAGCUGCUCAUUUAGUGGACAGUACUAAUCAAGUUGGUCACUUUCAAAAGGUUUUGACAGCAAUUGGUAACUUCUGCAUCUGCUCGAUAGUAAUAGGAAGUGUGAUCGAGGCCAUUGGGAUAGCAAUUCAACACAGAUCAUACAGAGAUGGUGUUGACAAUAUUUUGGUUCUCCUCAUUGGUGGUAUCCCAAUUGCUAUGCCAACAGUAUUGUCUGUUACCAUGGCUAUUGGAUCUCACCGUCUUUCGCAGCAAGGCGCUAUAACCAAGAGGAUGACAGCAAUUGAAGAGAUGGCGGGAAUGGAUGUUCUUUGUAGUGAUAAAACUGGAACUCUUACUCUCAACAAACUUACAGUUGAUAAGUCUUUGAUUGAGGUGUUCAAGGACAUAGAUAAGGACACUGUUGUCUUGCUUGCGGCUAGAGCUUCUAGAGUUGAAAACCAAGAUGCCAUUGAUGCUUCAAUCGUUGGGAUGUUAGGUGACCCCAAAGAGGCAAGAGAAGGAAUCACUGAGGUACAUUUUCUACCUUUCAAUCCUGUGGAUAAGCGCACUGCAAUCACUUACAUUGACAACAAUGGAAACUGGCAUAGAUGCAGCAAGGGUGCUCCCGAGCAAAUUAUUGAUCUUUGUAAUCUCACUGGCCAAGUAAAAGUAAAAGCACAUGCAAUCAUUGACAAGUACGCUGAACGCGGUCUUCGUUCCUUGGCAGUUGCACGACAGACUGUUCUAGAGAAAACAAAGGAGAGUGCUGGAGAACCAUGGGAGUUUGUAGGUCUGAUGCCUCUCUUUGACCCUCCAAGGCAUGAUAGCGCUGAGACUAUUCGCCGAGCUCUUGAGCUUGGUGUCAAUGUGAAGAUGAUCACUGGUGACCAACUUGCAAUUGGAAAGGAGACUGGUCGUAGACUUGGUAUGGGAACUAAUAUGUAUCCUUCAUCCUUUCUCCUUGGCCAGAAUAGAGAUGAAUCCACUGCUGGCAUUCCCAUUGAUGAGCUUAUUGAGAAUGCAGAUGGUUUCGCUGGUGUCUUCCCUGAACACAAGUAUGAGAUUGUUAAAAGGCUACAAGAAAGGAAACAUAUAUGUGGUAUGACUGGAGAUGGUGUCAAUGAUGCUCCGGCACUUAAGAAGGCAGACAUUGGUAUAGUUGUUGCUGAUGCAACUGAUGCAGCUAGAAGUGCAUCUGACAUUGUUUUGACAGAGCCAGGAUUGAGUGUCAUCAUCAGCGCCGUGUUGACAAGCCGAGCCAUCUUCCAGAGGAUGAAGAAUUACACAAUUUACGCAGUUUCUAUUACAAUCCGUAUUGUGUUGGGAUUCAUGUUGGUAGCUCUCAUUUGGAAGUUUGAUUUCUCACCAUUCAUGGUUUUGAUCAUUGCCAUCUUGAAUGAUGGGACAAUCAUGACCAUUUCAAAGGACAGAGUCAAACCAUCUCCUAUGCCUGACUCAUGGAAACUAAAAGAGAUUUUCACUACUGGAAUUGUUCUUGGAACCUACAUGGCUCUCAUGACUGUACUCUUCUUCUGGAUUGCACAUAGCACAGAAUUUUUCUCUGAAAAGUUCCAUUUAACUCCUCUUAAGACUUUGCCUGAACUUAACUCAGCUCUCUACCUUCAAGUAAGCAUCAUUAGUCAAGCACUCAUCUUUGUGACCCGUUCAAGGAGUUGGUCUUUUGUUGAACGCCCUGGUUUCUUGCUUCUUGGAGCCUUCAUGGCCGCGCAACUGGUGGCCACUCUAAUUGCUGUGUAUGCAAACUGGGGUUUUGCUAAAAUCCAAGGAAUUGGUUGGGGAUGGGCUGGUGUGAUCUGGCUUUUCAGCAUUGUCACUUACUUCCCUCUUGAUGUUCUCAAGUUUCUGACUCGAUAUGCAUUGAGUGGCAAAGCCUGGAAUACCAUGCUUCACAGCAAGAUUGCUUUCACAACAAGGAGGGAUUAUGGAAGAGGCCAAAGGGAAGCUCAAUGGGCAUCGGCUCAACGAAUAGUUGAUGGUCUUCAACCUCCAUUACCUCAUUACAACAACGAUAACCAUGAACUGUCUGAGAUUGCUGAACAAGCCAGAAUACGUGCUGAAAUUGCUAGGUUGACGGAGAACCGUACGUUGAAGGAUCGCGUUGAAUCUGUAGUGAUGCGCAAGGGGCUUGAGCUUGAUGAUAUUCGGCUGAAUUACACUUUGUAAAAAGUCAUCAUUCUUCAGAAAAAGUUUUUUUUUUCUUCAUUAUUAGGAUUUUCAUUUAGUUAUUUAUUUUUUUAGAUCAAAUUUUCACUUAGAUUUUGUCAUUUAUUUUUAGUUAUGCUUAAUGAUAUAGGAAAUUUUAGAUAUGCUUAGAUAACAUAUGGAAAAGAACUAAGAGCUCUAAUGUGUAUAUUGAGAUAUGCUUAUGUUAAUAUUGCAUGUGAAAUGUACAUAUACUUAGUUUGAUUUUUAAUUUUAUUUUAUUAAUGUAUAUUUUUAGUUAUAUAA